UGAUGUAUAUUGCAUGUAGCCCACCUAACUACAUCUCAUCUCAACUACACCCCAAACUACAAAGCCCCCAAAUUGAUUCUCUCCGUCUACGAAACGGGCCCCUCUCUUCUCUGAUUUCACUUGCCUUGGAAAAAUGGAGGCGAAGCUGUUGGGGGCCGCCUCUUCCUCCGUGUUCGGCCCUACCAACUCCAUGAUCUCAAGACCCACUAACCCUUUUGCCCAUCAAACCUGUUCUACCCUUCGAUAUCCCACUUGGAGAUUUUCCAGUAAUGGCGUUCCGGCAAUUCGGGCUUCUGCUUCCAGCGUUGGAUUGGCUCGGAAGAGAAGAGUAGAUGAAACUCAGAGCUACACUCUUGAGGGUAUUAGGAACUCCUUGAUACGGCAAGAGGAUAGCAUUAUAUUCAGUCUAGUGGAGAGAGCUCAAUUUUGUUACAAUGCCGAGACAUAUGAUCCUGAUGCUUUUGCCAUGGAUGGUUUCCAUGGCUCUCUCGUUGAGUACAUGGUUAAAGGAACUGAAAAGCUUCAUGCGAAGGUUGGAAGAUACAAAAGCCCCGACGAGCAUCCUUUCUUCCCAAACGACUUACCUAAGCCGCUGUUGCCCCCAAUGGAGUACCCACAGGUUCUUCAUCCAGCAGCUGAUUUCAUCAAUAUUAAUGUCAAAGUAUGGGACAUGUACUUCAGGAAUCUCCUCCCAAGAUUAGUUAAAAACGGUGAUGAUGGUAAUUAUGGAUCAGCUGCAAGUUGCGACACGAUUUGCUUGCAGGCCCUGUCAAAGAGAAUCCACUAUGGUAAAUUUGUAGCUGAAGCAAAAUUCCGAGCCUCCCCUGAUGUUUAUAAAGCUGCCAUUAGAGCACAAGACGCAGCCCAAAUCAUGGAUUUGCUCACAUACCCGGCAGUUGAGGAGGCAAUUACAAAGAGGGUGGAGAUGAAAACUCGGAAGUAUGGUCAAGAAGUAAACAUGAAUGAAGUUGAACGUAACACCGAACCAGUGUACAAAAUAGACCCGACCAUUGUUGCCGAGCUAUAUGGGGACUGGAUCAUGCCAUUAACAAAGCAAGUCCAGCAAUUUGAUUGUAAUGGGAAUUUGCUGCAUAAGAUUAGUACAAAGCUUUCUGCAAGCUCGUACGGGGAAGCUGAACUCACGAGUUUGAUUCAAUCGUUAUACAUCAAGCAGCCUCCAUUAAGCACUUCAGACCCUGAAGAUGAGUCAGAAUGGUUUGAGUACAAGAUUAAAGAAACCAACAUUUUCACAGUGGACAAGUAUCAGCAGAUUGGCUUUUUCCCUGAAGAGAAGGCAUUUGCAUUGCGGUACCAGACAGCUGGAAUGUUAGAAACUGUGAUAAGACAAGGGGUCCUAGGUGAAGACGAUACUGGAGAAGAAUCUCCCAGAAACUUGAAACUUCCUUCUAGACGGCCUGCAAUUGUAUGUGAGAACUGCCUCUAUUCAUUGGAAAAAGAUGCAAGAGUAAGAGCUUUCCAUAUCAUGGAUCCUCAGGGCAUACUAGAAAUGCUACUUGUAUUUCUGGAAGAAAGAGGAAAGGAAGUGCCUGCUCAUCCUUCUUUUGACAAUUCUAUGGAUUCAAAUAGGAUGGCUCCACAUUUAGGGACAUGGAAGGGUCACUCUAUAACCAAAAGGAGUGGUGUUUAUGGAGCCACAAUAGCCAAAGCUGAUACAAUUGCUAUACUUGAAAUGAAUGAGGACGGUCAGCUCAUCCAGGAUAUAAGAUCUACAUCAGGUGGCAGUGACGUUACCACCUCUGUACACUGGUCGGGUUCCAUCUCUAACAACUUGGUCACCUUCGAUGGUGGUUUCCAGUUAACGUUGUUGCCUGGAGGCAUGUACAUGGGAUGCCUAUCUGAUGUGGCUAAGAGUGUGCAAGAAUCCAAGUCGUUCCAUUUGGAAUUCUGCUGGCUCGAGUCACCUGGCAAAAGGCAGAGAUUGGUUCGCACUUAUGAUGUGGAAGGCUUAGCCGUCUCAUCAACAUACUUCCUCGAAACCAAACAAUGAGUUAUAGUUUCUUUCUGUAAAAAAGUUUUACUCUUUGAAGUGUACGGAGUGGUUUGCAGCAAAAUAAGAUGCUGUUGGACUGGUUCACUAUAGAAUGAUCCUCCGCCUCUUGCUGUGAAUACAUUUGGCGUGAGAGAUGGAUAAGGGAAUUCCAAUCUUGGUUCUCCAAGAAUACUCAUUGUUCUCAAUUCGUAGACCAUCUCAGGACGGCGAGGUGUUGAAAUGAUACGCAAUCCUACAUUGGUAUUGCGCUCACGAAUCUCAAAUAAACACUUGCAAAGCUUUAUAUCAUAUUCUACAUAAUUUUCUAUUA